AUGACAGAGUAUCCGACUCGUCCUCUAGUUUUCGAGGCUUUUGUCAGCCAAGUUGAGCUUAUCGAGAAAACUUUGAUCGAGGUACAAAACCAGCCAGCGUCUUACUAUGGUCGCCGCAACAACAGACCUAACAUGGGCCAAAACACGCAGACCCACACAAAUGCUCAUCUGUACUACAACAAGUAUAAUAACUUUUACCAGCUGCAACAACAACAGCAACAGCCGCUGGUGUACGGUGGAGAUUACUAUGGCGGCUACAGAAACUCUCCCAGAUCUGUUAUAGACAACAGCAGCAGCCAGAUGAACCAGCCUGGUGUUGUCCAGGUUGGCCAGGUGGGUCAAGUUGGCCAAUCUGCAGUUACUGGCGUCAGCCCAAGCGGAGCCAGUUUAGGCUUAUCGUUGGGCGAGACCCAGCCAAAUAUGCCCGUUGUCAACGGCUCGGGCGGCCUUUUUGGGCCACAGGUUUUUACUGACAGGGGAGUUUUCUCCCUGCAAAACGGAAAGGGUGCGUUCUCUGAGCAGACGAAAAAAAGCACGGGGCUUUCGACGUUCGAUCCCUUUGGCAUCUAUGCCAACGAAUACGCGCAGUCUGCGGCGUACCCACCGUUGUUCAAUUCUUCUAACGAUAUUUUGGGAAGCUCGUUUUCGUCCAACUCCACUAACAUAUGGGGGGACACUAAUAAAUCCGUGGCCAACGACGCUGCGGUAUGGGGAUAG